CUAGUAGAGAUCGUUUGUAAUCGAGUAGAAAUCCUAUACUCUGAUUGGCUAAUAUUUCCCGCCAAAUUCUAUCAGGUGAUUGUGCACAUGCGCUUCUUGGUAAAAGCGCUGGAUUCGAAUUAUUUUGCAAAUGGCGACUGUGUUGGAGACAUUACUUGAUGGAGAAAUUACCUUUGAAACCUUCAUCGAAAGACUCUUAAGGAGCAGAAAAACAAAGAUUGAUGGCGUUCGAAAUGAUGUGAAGGAACCAGAAAUCAAUAUUACAGAGUUCAUUCCAUUCUUUUUGAAUUAUCUUCGUGAACGAACCAGGCAUCAUCUUCUCUGGCGGCAGAAUGUACCAACUCCAAAAAAAUCAAGAUCUCAUACCAGAAAACAGGACAUUAACCAUAAUACAUCUAAUACGAACUUCACUGAUAAAGAAACACCACAAAAGAAUUCUUCACGUGGGCUUAAUUUUACUUCCCAGAGAACACCAUCACCAAAUGUCAAUAAUACUUCUUCACAUGGUCGUAGAGACAGACAGUAUGGAAAAGGACAGUCACCUAAGUCAUCUCCGUCGUUGAGACAAAAGUCACCAAGAGUGACACCAAGUAAUCAGAGCGUUAGUCAGACACCAUCACCUUUGGCUGUGCAAUCAAGACCUAAUUUAGAUGACUUGGAGGACUUCCCCACUAUUGGGUCAAUAUCAACUCCUAAGAGCAAGAGCACUCCAUCAAGAAGAAUUACCCCAACACCUGUGAAAGCAAUUCUUGACAAAUCUUUAUCACCCUUUUCUUCUGGAACUUUUAUCUCUCCCCCUCCACCAGGAGAUAGCACUUUGAGUCCAACCUCACUACAAGAAGAAAGAACGAUGUUGAAGGCUAUGAAAUCAAAGAGACGAAGCAAGGGAGACUCUCCUUGGGGGAAUAAAACAAGUCCUAAUAAUAAUUCAGGUUAUCGGUCUCCGUCAUAUUCUGUGCUUGGAGAUUUUAUUACUCAUUCACCUGGAAGUUCACAGAAAAUCAAAUCAGGACAAACUGUGGAUGGUGAUGUGGACUCUGGAGUGAAAACAAAGCUUGUAAAUCAAGCUAAGCAGCAAAGAAAAAAUAUGGAACUAAAAAAUCAAAGUGAAAAUGAUUCAACACGGUUGAAAAUCUGUAAUGGUUUUGCAGAGCAAGAUAAUAGAAAAACGGAAAAAGGAGAUGAAAUAAUAAAUCAAACGACUAAGGAAGAAAGUGACUGUAGUAAUUUACAUGCAAAAAUGGAUAUUCCAAAUACUAGUCUAAAAAGUGCUGUUGAUAUUGAAAAGGUUACUUGUAAAGAAAAAGUAGAACUGCUGGCACAAUUGCAUGCAACUUUGAUUCAAGAGAGUCUUGUUCCUAACAUUACAUCUGAAGUGUAUUUUAUUGCUCAGUUGCUGACUACUAGAGCACCUGCCAUCCAACAAACGGAAAAAGAUAAAGAUGUGCUACCCAUGGACAAUCUUCUAUAUUCUAUUCACAAUGCAGUUUACUUUGCUAUAGUUAUCCUGGAAAACCUUAAGAGACUUAUUUGUUUACUUGACAAAGGAACUUUGAGACAACUUGCACUAAAUCCAAGGAUUGCUGAAUUCUCUCCUACAUUUAAAGAAUGGUUGGACCAAAAAUAUGAAGAACAUUCAACUCCAAAGGUUUUAGACUUGUCUUUCACAUCUCCUAUUGGUGGAGUUCCGUUCAGUGCUGAUAGAGACAACAAAAAUAACUUUCCAAGUGAUAAAGCAUUCCAGAACUUCAGAAAACAAAGGGAUUUGUUCUAUGAGCUUGUAAGAGAAUGGGAAGAUUGUCACAAUAAACCUGGCUGGAUAAUGGAGGAAAACAUGGGAAAUAACAUAAGGUCUCUAGUUCAUCAAAGACCAGAUCUUGCUAAUCAUGCACCAUUUGCCAGGCUUUUCCAGUCACAGCUUCUCCAGAUGUGUAAAGGAGAGAACCUUAGUUCAGAUCCAAACAGUUCUCUCGCCAGAUUACGUAAUGCAAACCCUGAUAAAUUCCAAAGACUUCAGGACCGUUUUGUGACUCCCUUGUCCCUUACUGGGCCUUGCCCUCCACCGUCCUUUAGUGAAAUCCAGGAGUUCUUCAAAGGAUUUAUAACAUGCGCAGAAAGUCAUUCAUUCAGUCGUCACCUAAUGGAUAACCUUAUCAUGAAGAUUACAGAGUUGAAUGAUACUGUAUUUCCUUUUGGCGAAGCGAAGGAUCAAGAACGUAAUGAGAAAAAUCCACAAACGAAGGAGAUCCAACAGUCUUUCAAUGUCUGCCUGAGUAAUCUACGAAUCCUUGCGAAGUUCUUGGGAUAUCUGGUAUUCGAUCCUUACCAAAGUGGCACCAACCAAUCAAAACAAGAAGCUGAGCCAGUCAUACGCAUGCGUAAUAAGGUCCCUCAACCCUUCGAUGUCCUUUGCUACUUAAAGACCGCUCUCGAGAAGGGAAAUCUAGUGCUAACAGUGCCCUGGGUUGUGGAGUACCUCAGCAUGAUGGACCCUGUGGCACCUUAUCUUGACUAUUACCAUAAAGUCCUUAUUCUGUUGGUACAUAUUUACAGCAGUCAAUCAUCCAAAGAUUUCGUCACUUACGGCCGUCUUCUCAUCGUCACUUGUCUUGGUUGGCUCUUUGAGAAUCCAGUUUUACCAGAGUCAUUGUUUUUCAAGUCUUUCGAAGAACGAAACGCCAGUGAAGAAAUCUUGCAGAAUCGUCCUUCUCUUUGCUUGGACUCGUGUGAUGUCAUUGAUCAAGAGAUGCUCUACACCUGGUGUCCCUACCUCGGAGAAGUGAAAAAUGUGUUGUCAGAGGCAUCCACAGGAAUGUCUAGCCGUGCUGGACCAGUCAAGAAGAUCACACUAGUCUGUACAGAACAACCAACACAAAUGUCUUCCAACAAUCGACAACUACUGCAACAACUUGAAGAGAAUUUCUACAGAAUUCAACCCGAUUUCUUGAAGAGAACAUCGGAGUUCUUAAUAGAAAGAUUGUGUUCGAAUAUUCUUUCUGGAAUAAAGACGUCCAUUGUGCCAGGUGCGCUAAAGAAGGGAGCUGAACAGAUGGAAGCUUACCUCGCGAGUAUAGGAUUCCCUGAUGAUGAGAAUAGUGACCAAGCUAAGGAGAAAAGCCGCCCCCAAGUGCUUCAUCUCAUUCAUUCUGUCACUAGUGAUGCCGUCAAGAAAGCUCUUGACAUUACAGCGAACAGCAGCGACACCUCUUUGAAAGCUUUUCAAAUUCUUUGUCCUGAAGAUACCAACCCAAAGGUGAUCAGCACGGCGGCUCAGCUCACAGCGCGUCACGUGAAGCAGAAGUCAAGUGACUGGAUUCAUCUGUCACUACCCAGUAUGGUAGAGAAGGACCUCUUCAAUCACUUUGAUAAAUUUACCAAUGCCCUGCUUCAUGCCAAGGCUAAAAAAGCACGGCUACGACAAGCUGUUGAUCACGUGGUUGAUCACGUGGAUGAUCACGUGGAUGAUCAUGCAAACACGAACACUAAAGAUACCGUGACAGAAGACAAGAGGGAUGGCGUUACCGAGCAGACAACACCCGAGGAAGUUCUUCGUAAACACGUCCAGUCUUUGAAGGUGUUACUAGUGAACCAAACAAGACAGCUCACCCAAGCAUCAUCUGCAGAUGAUAUUCAAGACAUUGCUUCGAUAUUGACGUCAGUGUAUGAUGAUUUAACGCUAAAUAAGACGUCUGUCGAAGGACAAGAUAUUUGCUUCAUAGAUGUUGGAAAUGUCAGCCUUGAACUGGCUUUCAUAUUAGCUUGUAGGUGUUCUUGUGGGAUAGAGUUUCUCUCGAGUGAAAAUAACAUUACAAGAACAUUACUAAAAAUAUGGAGAUUCUUGAAAGAUAAUGGCCAUCCAGCACCUCUUCAUCAACUUCUAUCGUCCCCUCGUUUAAGGCUUCUUUCUACGCUUGAAAAUCGCCAGAUCACGUGGUCUGUACUCGCUAAUUUAUGCGCGUCUUUCAUACACUAUGGACUGGUGACGACACACAAUGUCGAACAGUGGUUUCUGAAGUUGCUGGACGCCACGAAUGAUCAGAUUAUCGUUAAAGGGUGCUGCAUGCUCCUGCAAUCAUACAGAAGCCAAGACACUAAUCAAACAUCAACUGGAGUAGAGUUCUCGUUGCUCAUGGCAACGCUUUUCCAUAAAUUUUCUCAAGACCCGGAUGUUUUGACUUCAAUACGACGAUGCAUAACGGACUGCGGUUCUUCAAUUACACUACCAAGUAUCUAGAUAAGCUAUGUGUGCUGCUACAUCAAGAAAUU